AUGGCAAAAUGCUUCAGCUUUGCAGCAUCCAGAGACUGGUGGUACCGAUACUCUUUCACAAGCGCUGGCCUCAGGUCAGUGUUAACCGAUCUUGGAGAGGGGACAGUGAUGCAUUGUUGGGUGCCAAAAUGUCAUAGGCAAACCAAACCCAACCUUGUCCUUGUCCACGGCUUUGGAGCCAAUGCAAUGUGGCAGUAUGGCUACCUUCUAAGACACUUCAUCCAGCGCUUCAACAUUUAUGUUCCGGACCUGCUCUUCUUUGGACGCUCCUUCACGACAAGGCCGGAGCGUACAGAGGCGUUCCAAGCUGAGUGCGUGAUGAAGAUGAUGGAGACACAUGGGGUGAGGAAAAUGAACUUGGUUGGGGUGAGUUAUGGUGGUUUUGUGGGGUACAACAUGGCGGUGCAGUUCCCGGAGGCUAUGGAGAGGUUGGUGCUGUGCUGCACUGGCGUAUGCUUGGAGGAGAAGGAUAUGGAGCAGAGUUUGUUUGCGGUUUCAGAUUUGGAGGAAGCUGCCAGCACUCUGAUGCCUCAGACGCCCGAGAAGCUCAGGGAACUGAUGAAGCUUUCCUUUGUCAAGCCAGUUAAGGGCGUGCCCAACUAUUUCCUCACUGAUUUUAUAGAUGUAAGUCCCCUCAACAUAUGCCUCUGUUCUUACAGUUUUCCAAAUUACUUCUCAUUAUAA